AUGAUGAUUCCAAUCAAAAAAGCACUAAAGCUUCUUUUCAGGUACAAUAAAAUAGUUAUGUCUCUUAUUCGAAAAUCAACUGUUGAGGCUCCAAUGCUAAAGAGGCGCGUCAAUAACAAAAAUAAGACUAUCAAUAUUUCGAAAUGGAGUGUUGAGUAUUCGGAUCUGACAUCUAAAGUAGAUUCAAUUAAGGCUUUAUGUCCGGCAUUUUUUGUGCAAGAUAAUGACUCUGUAAUGAACUUAGACUUGCUCCAAGAGCAAAAUGUAGUUCAUGUUCUCCUUUACUCCGCAGUCAUGAUUCAAUGGCCUUCUUUGGACCCAACAGUCUUAUAUUCUGUAGAUGAUAUCAACAAUGGCACUGUUUUUGAUAAAUAUGCUAUAAAUAGAAUAAGGUCAAAUCUUAAAAUUCUCUCAAAAAACAAUUGUAUUAAUUUUUUGACAAAUCGGAAUAUCGAUUAUGAAAUUAAAACACUCACGAGAACUUUAGCUCUCUAUUUCUAUAUUAGGGCGUGUGGCGGCAGCAUUACACUCAAUUUAGAUUUAUUAAAAGGGGGAGAGUACGAAUGAAAAAUAUGUAAGAUUUUUCAAAAGAAUGGGGAAUUAGAAGGGUUUUUAAGAAAUAUUUAUCACACAAGUAUUUGCAAGGAAGUGUAUAGAAACAUUAUACGUGCUGAAGAUGAAAAUGAUUUCGAAGCCAAACUUAAAGAAUUAUUUGAUUAUGUAAUAGAGAAUUCAUAUUAUGCUCACCUUCCAAGAGGUUUGUAUGGGCUCACAGCGAUUGGCCGCAAAAUAUUCAUAUCAAGCAAAUAUAUGGAAAAAAAAGAAGAAAUAAAAGUAGAAGAGGAAGAGGACGAGGAAGAGGAAGAGGAAGAGGACGAAGAAGAGGAAGAGGAAAAUAAAGAAGAUGAAGAAGAAGAAGAGGAAGAAGAAGAUUCAGAUAAUAGCUCAGAAUAUAAAUUUGGAUUUGGACCUUCAUUGAUAAUACUUUUGCACGAAAUAGCACAUCUUUCUUCUAGAUUUUGGGAGCGGCAAAAUUCUUACUUUAUCAUUACGCCGAAAAAGUUCAAAAGUCCAUCAGACCCCGAAAAUUCAUAUGGAGAAAUAGGAAACUAUCUAGAGUCACUGCUAUUUGGAGACAGGCUGCAAGCUCUUUAUAGUGGAGGAGAAGAUAUUUUAUUAGAUAUUGAAAACUGAAACUUGCCAAUUGGUGAGUUUCAGGCUGAAUUCCUAAAUAUGCAAGAACUUAGCAAAAGAAGCGGUAGCAAAGCAUGUAUCCUUUCAAGAGGGAAUGAAAUAGCCAACUGUGUUAAAUUUGGGAGAUGUGGGAUGUCUUAUUGAAUUUCACGUUCGUAA